CGGUGAUGUAUUGUAAUAAGUAUAUAAAAAAAUAUAUAUAUAAAUAUAUGCAUUUAUAUGUAGCUGAAGUAAUUCAUUAAAGGUAACACAUCUAUUAUCAUCAAAAUUUGACAUAUAAGAAGAGUCAUUGCCACUAUCAAUGUGAGGAAAUAUCUGUUCCUGUUCGAGGUCUGUUGAUUACCAAUGUUAUCAGAUCUGACAUCAUGAACUUGUUCUUAUUGGGAUAUUUGUGCUUUUGCGUUGCGAUAAAUCUAGCUGACAGCUCAGAUCCGGAAACGGGAUUUCCUGAGAUUUCGGAAAACGACUCUUCUGAUAAUUGUUCGCGAUGUGACGAAACAGAGCAAGACACGUCAUGUGUCUGCUUUGAGGAUCUUGACAGGUGCGUAAUUGUUUGUAAUUCUGGCCUAUACUGUACCUGUCCAAAUUGUAAUCUGUGCUGCAAUUAUUAUUCCAGGCAAGAGCAACAACGGUUGAUGCUAGUGACACAGAUUGUUAUUUCCGUACUGUUCGCCCUUGGUAUGGUUGGCUUAGUUAUAGUUUACCUCAAGAUAUGCCACAAGACGAGGCAACAUCCAACUCGUAGAAGACACAUCGUAUUGCACGAGGCGCAAGAUCUGACGACGCAAAGCAGCAUCAUCGAGAGUUUACGGGAGAGACCACCUUCGUACAACGAAGUUAUUCGCAAUACUCCGUCCGUGUACACGUCUUCCUGCAACAAUGCUCCUCCUCUCUAUGCGUCUCCUUACAACCGGGCGUCCAUGCAGGAAGCGCCGCCGUCAUACCCGGGAACGCCGAAACCGCAGGAAAAGAUCCAAGAUUCUAACGAGCCUCCUUCCUCGCUUCCUGUCGCUCAGCACAUGUGAUACUCUUACGGACACAAACAAUUCGUUCAUCAGCAUGUAUAUAUACGUUAUUCAAAUAAAAUCUUAAUCUGUAGAUAUAUUUAACAAAAAAGCAGCUCUUAUCGCUUUGACUUGAUAACGAGAUAUCAUACAUAGAUAUCGGUAUUCAUUGCAUCAUUUUCUGGAAAAUGUUCGAUCUUCCAAAAUCAGAUUUCUUUAUUCGUCCGAUUCUGAUAUAAUAUCGCAAUCACGAUAAUUUCACGAUCUUUGUACGCCGAGAAUAUAUGGUGUAGGAAGAAUAAUUAAUUAAAAUAGAAAAUAGUAAUAGAAAUAUUUAAAGGAGGUAUUUCUAAAAAAUGUUACCUGAAAUAAGUAAGUUUUAUGUGAUUUAAAAAGCGAAUAGUUAUAUUUACAUGAAAUAAGAUAUUUAAUUUUCGAUUAUAAAAUUUUGUACUUUUAAGAAACAGAAAAUAGUAAAUAAACAGUAGAAGGAAAUAGAGGAAACUUAUUUAACCACGACAUAACGAAAUGUAAAAUCUUAUUUCAAGUAAAUGCAAAUCUAAAUGUUAAAUACUAUUUAACUCUUUAAUACUAUACUACAUGUAAUACUUAUUUCAAAUAGAAUUUAACAUUUGUAUUUUCUUAAAGUGUUUAUUUUAAAUUAUCAUGAAUUUAAUAAAUAAGUUUCUUAUA